AUGGAGGCAGCCUCGCCGGCGGGACCCGACGCCCCGCAGCCUGUCGCGCAGGGAGCGGAGGGCGCGUCCCGAAGCCUGCUGCGCAGGAUUAAAGGCAAACUCUUCACCUGGAAUAUUUUGAAAACAAUUGCUCUGGGUCAGAUGUUGUCCUUGUGUAUAUGUGGAACAGCCAUCACCAGCCAGUAUUUGGCAGAAAGAUACAAAGUGAACACUCCCAUGCUUCAGAGCUUUAUCAACUAUUGCUUACUAUUCCUGGUUUAUACAAUGAUGCUGGCAUUUCGAUCAGGCAGUGAUAACCUUUUAAUAAUCUUGAAAAGAAAAUGGUGGAAGUACAUUCUGCUGGGACUAGCAGAUGUGGAAGCUAAUUACCUGGUUGUCAGAGCCUACCAGUACACAACUCUAACCAGCGUUCAGCUCUUGGAUUGCUUUGGGAUUCCUAUGUUGAUGGCUCUCUCGUGGUUUAUUCUUUAUGCAAGAUACAGAGUGAUCCACUUCAUUGCUGUGUCUGUCUGUCUGCUGGGUGUAGGAACCAUGGUUGGUGCAGACGUCUUAGCAGGGAGGCAAGACGAUUCAGGUGAGAGUGUGUUACUUAUUUGUGCCUUGCUGUUCGUGGCAUUUGCCCUCUGUAUGUUUUGCCUGUACAGCUUCAUGCCUUUGGUGAUUAAAGCCACUAGUGCCACCUCUGUCAACCUGGGCAUCUUGACAGCAGAUCUCUACAGCCUUUUCUUUGGACUCUUUCUGUUUGGCUAUAAGUUUUCGGGACUCUACAUCCUGUCCUUCACCGUCAUCAUGCUGGGCUUUAUCCUGUACUGCUCCACGCCGACUCGCACGGCAGAGCCGCCUGAAAGCACGGUGCCUGCGGUCACCAGCAUUGGGAUCGACAACCUGGGACUGAAGCUAGAGGAGAACCUCCAGGAGACCCACUCGGUGGCCUUGUAG